AAUAGCUCUUCCUUAAGUGUGUGCAUUUUAGGUGUUUUAGAAUCUGAGAUUUCAAUAUCUAUAGAUGAUAACCAAACCUUGUCACUUCUUAACAAUGUAUUCCUUCCUAUCAGCACUCGUUUUUCAUCCAUCAUGGUCUAUAGUAUAUUACAGUGAACCACUCAUGAUAUUAUGAAAUAAACGCCAAAGUUGAAAUAUAAUUGGACAUCUAUGUAAUUUUUCUAUACUAUCAAUGCAUAGUUCUUAAACUUCCUAAAAUGAAAGAAACUAACCAUCUAUACUUGAAUAGAUUAAGGACCACAAUGGAGAGAAAAAAUGGAAGAAAGUUGAUGUCAAAGUAGAGGAUCAUGUAUACAUUCCUAUGUUUCCCACUAGCAAAUCAUCACUCUAUGAUGAAUAUCUUGAUGAUUAUAUGUCAAAAAUAGCAAUGGAACAUUUACCACAAGAUAGACCACUAUGGGAAAUUCAUAUUAUUAAAUAUCCAACAAAAAAUGCAGCUGGUACCUUAGUAUUCAAACUUCAUCAUGCACUUGGAGAUGGUUACUCUCUAAUGGGAGCUCUUCUAUCAUGUUUAGAAAGAGCUGAUAACCCUUUUCUUCCAUUCACAUUACCAUCAAGUAAAAUUAGACCUAAAUCAAUUUUUAAUACCAAAGCAUUUUUCAAGAGAUCAUUUCCCUCAAUUUUCUCCAAAGUAUUUGAUACUAUAUCUGAUUUUGGAUGGAGUAUGUUAAAAAGUAGUUUGGUUGAAGAUGAUGUAACACCAAUUAGGUCUUGUGAGGAUGAUAUCAAGCUAAGGAAAAUUAAUAUCUCAAGUGUCUCAUUCUCUAUGGAUCGCAUCAAAGAAGUGAAAUCAAGACUUGGAGUGAGCACAAAUGAUGUGAUUGCUGGUCUAAUUUUCUUUGGAAUUCGACUAUACAUGCACCAAAUGAAUCAAGAUUCAAGCAAAAAUCAAUCCACAGCAUUGGUUUUAUUGAAUACAAGAAACAUUGGAGGUUAUAAGUCAGUUAAGGAGAUGGUUGACAUUAAGAACAAUAAUGAUGGUUCAGCUUGGGGAAAUCAAUUUGCAUUUUUGCAUGUUUCAAUUCCAAAGCUAAGUGACAAAAAAUAUGAAAAUCCAAUUGAAUUUAUAUGGGAAGCUCAUAAAGAAAUCAACAGGAAGAAAAAUUCCUUGGCCACACCUCUUACUGGUAUGAUCUUAAAUAUGGUGAAGAAAUUGAGAGGCCCCGAGGCUUCAGCCAAAUUUGUAUACAACACUUUGAGAAAUUCAAGCACAACAAUUUCCAACAUAAUUGGACCAAUGGAGCAAAUGGCUUUGGCUAAUCAUCCAAUUAAAGGACUAUAUUUUAUGGUUGUUGGUCCACCAGAGAGUCUAACCAUAACCAUUAUGAGCUACAUGGGAAAGUUAAGAAUUGCAUUUGGAUUGGAGAAAGACUUUAUUGACAAGCAAAAAUUCAUUUCAUGCAUGGAGAGUUCUCUUGAGAUGAUAAUUACAGCAGCAAGAAAGAUUUCCAUCAAAGAAAACAUAUUUCCACUACAUUAUUGUUAAUGAUUAAUUUUUUAUCCAAAUAUAUACGAUAUAAGGUUUAUUUGAUUGUAAUUUGUUUAUGUGUAAU